CCCCAGUCUGCACUGCAGCCUGUCACCCUCCGAAGGGCUGCACCAGUCUCUCUGUCUGUACUGGAAUAGAGCUGCUCCCCACUAUCGCCCUCUGCUAAAACCCUGGUAAAUGCCUCUCCCAGGACCCUGGCUCAGCGCUGCAGGGAUGAUUGUGGGAGGCUGUGUCUGGCUGCUUUUCCUCCUGGACAUGGGGCAUCAGGAGACUGACAUCAACUAGAAAGGACUCAACAGGGGGAAAUAAUAAUAAGUGGGGGGAGAAGGGGUGGGGGAGGUGGGUGACAUUGAUUCACUAGGGAGGAGGUCGCAGCCGUUCUGGAUUCCCUGGAAUUCUCUCUCCUUUUCUCGCUUUGAUCUCCCUGGAUUUGACCCAGCGGGGUGGAAACUGGAUUUUGCCCCUGGUUUCAAGGGUAACUGUAAAUCUGAGGACAGCAGGGGCCCCGUCUGAGAGCAGCAUGGAGUCCGUGGAUAAGGAAUGCGGGGCGCUAGGGGGUCUCUUCCAGGCCAUCAUCAAUGACAUGAAGAGCUCCUAUCCCAUCUGGGAGGAUUUUAACUCUAAAGCUACUAAACUACACUCCCAGCUCAGGACCACCGUGCUGGCUGCUGUUGCCUUUCUUGAUGCCUUCCAAAAAGUGGCCGACAUGGCAACCAAUACCCGAGGGGCUACACGUGAUAUUGGAUCAGCGCUUACAAGAAUGUGUAUGAGACACCGGAGUAUUGAGAGCAAACUGAGGCAUUUCACCAACGCUCUUAUGGAGAGUUUGAUUAACCCUUUACAGGAACGAAUAGAAGACUGGAAGAAGACAGCGAACACACUGGAUAAGGAACAUGCAAGAGAAUAUAAAAGAGCACGUCAUGAGAUCAAGAAAAAAUCCUCAGACACACUGAAGUUACAGAAGAAAGCUCGCAAAGGCAAAGGAGACCUUCAGCCGCAGCUAGAUCAUGCUCUGCAGGAUGUCAAUGACAUGUACCUCCUGCUGGAAGAGACCGAGAAGCAGGCGGUGCGCAGGGCACUGAUAGAGGAACGCGGACGUUUCUGCACGUUUAUCGCAUUACUACAGCCUGUAGUGAACGGAGAGAUCCACAUGCUGGGUGAGGUCACUCACCUCCAAGCCAUCAUUGAAGACCUAGUGGUGCAGACCGAUGAGCCUCACAAACUACCUGCAGCCAGCGAACAGGUUAUCAAGGACCUGAAAGGAUCUGAUUACUCUUGGUCCUAUCAAACUCCCCCAUCUUCCCCCAGCACCUCAAGCUCUAGAAAAGCCAGCAUGUGCAGUACAAAGACUGCCCCCUCGUGGCCAGCUGCCUCGCAGCCUCACUCACCGGGUUCCGCGUGUCGCUAUCGCAGCCUCCCGCAGCCCACCGGGGGCCCACAGCGCUUAAUAAGUGUGUCCUCCCAUGACUCGGGGUGCAGCUCACAUGAAGCCAGUUACUCGAAGCCUCCGUCACCAAUGCCAUCGGACAUCACCAGUCAGAAAUCAUCCAGUUCUGCAUCCUCAGAAGCUUCAGAGACAUGUCAGUCUGUCAGUGAGUGCAGCUCCCCCACUUCGGACUGGUCUCGCUCAGGGCCAUAUGAAACCCCACCACCCAGUUCAAUGCAGCGCAGGAAAGAUCGAGUGGAACAUUUGCGGGAGGCAGAGCUCGGCCCAGGCUAUCAAAGUUUGGAGGACCCAUACCGACCACGCAUGUCCCCCGCGGUCAUUGCUGCUAAGCAUGGAGAAGAGGUGUCACCUGCAGCCAGCGACCUGGCUAUGGUCCUGACACGCGGUUUGAGUUUAGAGCAUCAGAAGAGCAGCCGUGAUUCCUUGCAAUACUCCAGUGGUUACAGCACACAGACCACCACCCCUUCCUGCUCAGAGGACACCAUCCCAUCUCAAGGGUCAGACUACGACUGUUACUCAGUAAAUGGUGACACGGAGGCCGAUGGUUCAGGAGACUUUGACAGAUCUUCCACUGUCCCGAGAAGCAGCAGCCUAGCUCAGAACUACCGCCGGAUGCUUCAAACCAAGCGCCCAGCUUCAACAGCAGGUCUGCCUUGUCCAUCUGGCUCUGCUCCUCCACCUCCACAGACUGGCUCCACUCCUGGGGUAGCAACUAUCAGGCGUACCCCUUCCACCAAACCCACUGUCAGACGCACGCUUUCCAAUGCUGGACCUAUACCAUGCCGCCCUCCAAUAGUGCCAGUGAGGACCCCUACAGUGCCAGACUCUCCAGGAGGAGGACUUGGUGGACGGUCUCGUGUGGGGAGUGAAGAAUGUGUCUUCUACCUUGGAGGGGAAGAUGGAAGCCCCCUGGACUAUGCAAAGUCAUCUCCAAAACGGCUAAGUCUACCCAAUGCAGCAUGGGGAGGCACUGGAGAGAUGUCUGUGUAUGGUGGGGGAGGGGGAGAUGAAGAAGACAUGGGAGGAGGGCUGCUGGCUGCUAACAGGCACAGUCUCGUGGAGAAGAUUGGAGAAUUGGUCGCAGGAGCACAUGCUCUGGGGGAUGGUCAGUUUCCCUUUCCUUCAGCUCCAGAUCGCAGUCAAGGCCCCACCACAGCACCAGGGGAAGCCACAUCUGAACCCCCCGAAGGGGAUAUGCUGGCAUCCAUACGUAGAGGGGUGCGCUUACGCCGGACCCUCACUAAUGACCGCUCUGCACCCCGUAUCUUGUGAUUUGGGUUUGUGGGGUUGGUAAUAGGAUUAAGGAUUGGUGCUCUGAGGCGAGGGGAGUGACACAUACUGUGAUAGGGAAGUGCAGCCCAAGAACCAGGAGUGAUUAACCCUUUUCUAUGCAGGUGUAUCCAGAGGUAGCAUGGCUAGUUUUUGUUUAAGUAUGGCAUCUGAUCAAACUGUUUAACUUAUUCCAUGCUGGAAACAUGUCAUGCAGCAGGCCACAUCAACUGCGAAGAAACUGUACAACCCAUUUCCCACAGGGUUUAUUACCUAACAUGCCAGAGUGCAGAUUGGAAAUCAAUCUCCCAUUUUAGGUCUGAAUAACAGAGUUUUUUAUAGCUUGGGUAUUUUAGCCUACAAUAUGCAAUUCCUGGUUAUAAAACAACCCAAUGCAUUUGUAUUAAGUAAUUUCUGGCAGAGGUAAUCCUUGGACAAAUUCCCAAAAAGUCAAAAUGAUAUCUUCUUGUUUACUACAGGUGUGUGCGAAAAGAGACAAAUCCCAAUAAAUUAAACAAGUCAGUGAUUUCAUGCAACAAAACAGACACAGCAAUGCGUCUGGGAAGGGAAAAUAAGACUACUUGAGUUAUACAAGACUGCUGAAGUUUUAAUUAGAGGGAGAAUUUUACAGAUCUAUAGAAUUACAAGUUGAAAUUUAACGCGGUCUGAGCCUGCACAAAAAUGUUGGCAAUUUAAACACAUGUAGUGACCAAAUUAGAAAGAUUUAAACGCCAACACUCACAGUACACCAGGCAGCAGGCCACCAACACGCUUCAGGCUCUGAAAUAAAGACCAGAGUAAGACAGUCAGACGUUUUCCCCUCCAUCUUACAUGGAAUAGCUGAAUUAAUGUGCAAAUAUUAAUUGUACCCCUCUUUACCAUUAAUAAAAAAUGUAUACCAAGAGCAAGCAGACACCGCUAGACUAGACAAUAAAUUUGCAUGCUGUAGCUUUUCCUUGUCACAUACUUCUCUGGUCUUUUAACAUUGCCAUAGUUUUAUACUCACUGCACCACUGAAUGAUCAUAUUUUAAUAUAAAAAAAUGAAAAUUACAAAAAAAAAGUAACAUCCUAAAAAGGCCGUUUUGUUGCAUGAAGUUGUAUUUGGGAUAUGUUUGCAGGACACACCAAAAUGGAUACACCUCACGCAGAUUGUUUGCCCAAACACAGUGCAUUUCACUACCUGUGGGCAUAGGGGCUGUUCAUGAAAGAACCUAACCACAGCACCAUUAGCAGAAAUACAGGGGUUUGCUUUGAAGGAGUCACUUGUAAUUCGAAAUGGAAAGGAAGGAAAAAAACAACUUUUUUUUGUUAAGAAAAACCUUAGAGCUUGAAUGUUUUAAGUUAGCAAAACUGUUUCUUUACACUGUGAUUUAGGAAGUAACCCAUGGUCUUAUACUUGAGAUGGCAUGAAAUAUUAUACAGUUUGCCCCGUGCCAAAGCUGACAAGGGCACCGCUAGUGCCAAAUUAAGGCAGCUGCAAUAUUUCAUGACUUAUAGACUGCUUGCUACAGAGAUGCCCCCCAUGUGUCUAAAUACUCCAUUCAAUAGGAGGCAUUGAAAACCCACACAGGAAGGGUAAAAACUCUGGUGUAAACCCUGUGUACAGAACAGACAACCCCACCAUGACACAGCUGACAUCGAAGGAGUGAAGGAGAUAGCAGUAGCUAUAAGAUGCCUUUUUUCAUCACUGAGGCCUCCUCCUUUCCCAUCCCAUGUUCACUGUGUGUCUCCCCUUUACAUGUGCUGCUGAGCCGACUUGCACUCAGUACGCUGUGCCAAGACUUUGUGCACCCAUCUUAUGAAGUGAGAAUGCAAUAAAGGUGGCGAGAGGACACAGCACAAUUAAUUACCUCCUUAAUGGAGCUUUACGGGAAGAAAAUGCAUUGUCGAAUUCCAGGGUGGGAAUUUAAACAACCCACCCGGCCACAUCCUUAUUGGAAUACCUGCUGCAAAAACACAGGCAGGUGCAAGUGUAGAUCUAAGGAGCACAGACUGGAAUUGACACAAAAAAAAAAAGCUCUAUUUGCAUUAAAAAGCCCCAUGUAGAGGGGAGUUUAUAGUUAAGAGGUGUAAGUUCAAUAACUAGCGUUAAAAAUAGCGGAUAAGUUGUUUACAUUUUGUAUUCCUACAUAUAGCUCUUCGAGACAUGUAUGGAAUUAGGUCUAACCAGAGAGAGAAUAUUUUUAUCUAGCUGCUGGCUGAGCCAAUGGCACCU